AUGCAUGUAGACGGCGAGAAGAGUUCAGCGGCGGCGUUAGUGGUUCCCGCCGUCCCGUCGUCUCUGGUGAAGCCUUCCUUGGACGCGUGUAUUCCGGAGGUGGUGGAGCUGCUGAUCGAAGACCUCUUCAGGGAGUCGGCCGCCGCUAAGGAGGCCCAAGGAGCAAACGUUGCCUCGUCCAAGAUGAAGGAGGCUAAGGGGCAGAAGGCCUCCGACUCGUUCGAGAUCGCGGCGAGGACCUUGCUCUUCCGGCCGACAUUCACCGUGCUAGCGCCGGAGGACGCGGCUUCGGUGUCGUCGGUGCACGCCCCGGUGGGCCCCGUGCUUUCCCUCCUGGAGGGGUGCGAGAACGCCAGGUCGGUGGGUAAGGCUAACGAGGCCCUCACGAGGAUAGAGGUGGGCCUGGCGGCUAACCCCAGCGUGACGGAGUCGGAGAUGCUCCUCUACGUUCACGCGACCGUGGCGCCGUUCCUUCUCCCCCAGACAUCAGAGGAGGACGACGACGAGGUGGAAGGGGGAGACAGCGACGAUAUAAGCGACAGCGACAGUGGUGUGGGGGGCUCGACAGCCGCGAGAAAGAAGGUCGGAGGGGGCUCCGCUGGCGGCGGGGCGGCGUCCUCCGCCCGGCAGUGGAUGGCCUCUGAGGGUAACCUGAAGGGGCACUCCCGCCUCGCUGCCGCCGGCGAGAAGCGUCGGCGAGAGUGGGAGUCGGUACAAUUCUUGGACGGCGCUAGCGCUCCCAAGCACACCGGGCGUGACCGUCACGACGGCCGCGCCGCCGGCCGCCAGCGUCCGACCGUGGGGGGUUCCGCCGCAUCAUCACCUUCGUCGUCGCGGGUGAGGGGGGUCGACCUGGGCGACCCCGCGGCGCUCGGGGCGGUGACGCUGGCGAUGGGGCUGCUGCACUCGAGGCUGAAGGCGGAGGCGACGGCAAGGGGAGCCGGCAGACGGGCGGCGGCGAUGAAUAGGAGAGGGGAGGCGGUGCGGGCCAUGGCGGACCCGUUCGUCCCGCUGCUAACGAGGUGCAUCGGUAAGCACCCGCACACCCCGGUGGUCCUCCUCUCCCUAAAGAGCCUGGGCUACCUGCUCCACUGGGACCUGCCGUCGAUGAAGCGUUGCGCUCCCCUCGUGGGGAGGCACGUGCUCGCCCGACUCGUGAGGGGAGGGGUCGGCGGUAUCAGAGGAGAGAUGGGCCAGGCGUGCUUCAAGGCUCUGUCGAUGCUGUUCAAGAGCCAGGUGCAGUUGUUUGGGGUCCCUGGUGAGGAGGCCGGGCGGCGGAAGGGGAGGGGGGGGGGGUUGUUCGGCCUGUCACCGAAGCAGCUGAGGGCCCUCCUGGUGGUGUUGCAGAUGGCGGUGGCGGAGACAGAGCACCAGAACGCCACCUUCGCGCUGAUGAAGGCCGUGGUUGCCCGGAGAGUCAUGCUGCCAGAGGUGUACGACAUCAUGACCAAGCUUGCCGAACUAGCGGUCACGAGCCACCGACCGACGCUGCGCGCCACCUCCGGCCAGACCUUCCUGACCUUCCUCCUGCACUACCCCCUGGGGGAGAAACGGCUGCAGUUUCACCUCAACCAGAUCGUCAGCGGGGUCUCCUACGAGCACGCCGAGGGGCGCCUCGCGGCACUCAACCUGUGCUCCCAGCUCCUCCGACGGCUCCCGGAGCCCAACCUCGACCAGCUCUCCAGCGUCUUCUACCUCGCCCUGGUGGUUCGCCUGGUCAGCGACCAAGCGGGGGAGUGCCGCGCCGCCGCGUCCACCGCCGUCCGGACCCUUCUUGACCGCGUGUCCCCCGCUGUGUUCCAGGAGCUCUUGGAGUUCACGGGGCAGUGGUUCGGGGAGAAGGAUGCGGGGGCCCCGUCGGGGGCGGGGGGGGGGGAAGAAGACCCCGGGCUCCGGCGAACGGCCGCUCAGGCCUGCGGGAUUUUCGUACAGGCGAGGCCGGAGCUCGUGCGGAAGGCGGCGGGGACCGGCGGCGGGGGCCGGUUGCCUUGGAUGCUGUCGGCGCUGUCCUUGAUGCUCCCGCGACGAGCCGCCGAAGUCAUUGCCGCGGCCAGGAGCGCGGGCUGGGGGGACGCCGGCGGUUCAGUUGGCGCCGCGGCGGGGUCUUGCUGCGGCGGCGGCGGCGGCGGCGGAGCGGAUGGUGACUGGGAAGGCGUUUACCACGCCGUCCUGUCCAUAGGGAAGGCGUUCGACGCCCUACCGGGGGCGUGCAACGCCGCCCUCAGCGGCGGUGGCGGCGGUGGCGGCGAUGAAGGUGAUGGGCUGUUCGAUCGGCUACUGGAGGUGUUGCUGUACCCGCAUGCCUGGGUGCGCCUCGUGGCCGCCCGCGUUUGGGGAUCGUUCUUCUCGAAGAGGGAUCCAGGGACCCUGGCCGUAAACACCGGCGGUGGCGGCGGCCAAGUAGAGGGAAGCCAGACACCGAAGCGAGUCCAAGGUGGCUCAACACCCGGGAAGUUGAAAGGGAAAGGCCGAGGCCAGCGGCGGGGUGAUGUUGCCGGGGAGGGAGCUGGAGUGGGCGACGGGGGGCAGGAGAAGGAGGCGUGUCCUGUUCCGCCUGUGCCAGAACCUGUGCUCUCAGCUCAACAGGUCGCAGGACGCCAGUAUCGAGUUUUGUCCGGUGGAGCUUUCCAGGAAAUUUGCUCUCGGCUGAUUUAUUUUCAUCUCUCAACUCCCAACCAUGCACAGGUGGACCCGAAACUGACGGACCAGUGCGUCAAGAACCUGGUGUUUGUCGGCCGUGCGAUGCACCUCAACCCGGAGCUGUGCUUCGCCGAGGACGCCGGCGAAGAAGAAAACGCCUCUGGGACGGAAAGCCCGGCGAUGGAAGAAGCAAGCGACAGCGAGGGGGUUGACGAUGACGGCGGAGAUACAGCCGCCGCCACCGCCGCCGAUUCUGCCGAUUCUUCUCCUGCCGGCGGCGGUAAGGCUACCACGUCCGGUGCCGCAGACCCGUUGAGAUGGGUGUUCAACCGCAUGUCCCACAUGGUGGUGCACAAGGGAGAGGCACGGAGGCGAGCGGUGUUCAGCUGGUUCCUGGCGAUGGUGGCCGUCCACGACCCCGCCGUUUCCGUGGCCCACCUGAAGCUCAUGCUUCUGCCGCUGCGGAGAGCGGUGUUAGACGCCGAGGCGGGCGGGGUGGAGUACAAGGCUGGGGGGCCUCAUGCCGGCGGUGGCGGUAGCGGUGGCGGGGGAGGGAGCGCAGCUGCUGAGAAGGAGCAAACUGCUGCGGAGCUAGCGACGGAGGUGAUGGAACUCCUGGAGGAGAAGGUUGGCAGCGGCCGCUUCCUCGAGGCCUUGACGGGAGUCAACAUGGAGAUCUCUCGGAAGCGGGUGGAGCGAAAGCGGCAGCGUGCGGUGGAGAAGGCCACGGAUCCGGCUGCGGCGGCAGAGCGGCGAAGGGGACGCACAGAAGCCGCGAAGAUCCAGAAGCGGAGAAAGGUGGAAGAGUCGGCCAAGCUCCCGAGGAGGGACCAAGCGCAUGCGAAUGGGGGGCAUAGGCAUAUCCGGCCCUGGCGCCUCAAGGAAUGGAGGGGGGCGCGGUGGACGAGAUAG